UAGCGUCUAACCUAAAAUUGGGCGCGCAGUGUCUCCGCUCUGUCGGCAUUUUUCUCGUGCAAAUUUUGUAUUUACAAAGUGUUGAAGAAUUGCGCAGACUGGUGUAAUUAUAAGUUUUGUUUAUCGUUUCAUUAACUCGUGCAGGACACAUUAAACAUGGUUGACGCGCUGGAGUACAACGACAUAAACGCCGAAGUUCGCGGUGUUUUGUCUUCGGGACGCCUCAAGCUAACCGAACAGAAUAUCAUAUUUAAAAACAACAAAACAGGCAAAGUGGAGCAAAUUGCCGCCGAUGACAUCGAUCUGAUCAAUUCGCAGAAAUUCGUUGGCACCUGGGGACUGCGUGUGUUCACCAAGAGCGGCGCCUUGCAUCGCUUUUCGGGCUUCCGCGAUAGUGAACACGAGAAAUUGGGCAAGUACAUCAAGGAUGCGUAUUCGCAGGAAAUGGUCGAGAAGGAGAUGUGCGUCAAGGGCUGGAAUUGGGGCACUGCCCGUUUCAUGGGCUCUGUGCUGAGCUUUGACAAAGACACAAAGACUAUCUUUGAGGUGCCGCUGUCACAUGUCUCGCAGUGUGUCACCGGCAAAAACGAAGUUACGCUGGAAUUUCAUCAGAACGAUGAUGCACCGGUUGGUUUGCUGGAGAUGCGCUUCCAUAUACCCGCUGUGGAGUCGGCUGAGGAGGAUCCAGUGGAAAAGUUCCAUCAGAAUGUGAUGAACAAGGCGUCGGUGAUAUCAGCAUCUGGCGAAUCGAUUGCCAUAUUCCGCGAGAUUCAUAUACUAACGCCGCGUGGACGCUAUGACAUCAAAAUCUUCUCGACAUUCUUCCAGCUGCACGGUAAAACCUUCGAUUACAAAAUACCCAUGGACUCGGUGCUGCGUUUGUUCAUGCUACCGCACAAGGACAGUCGUCAAAUGUUCUUUGUGCUAUCGCUGGAUCCACCCAUCAAGCAGGGCCAAACACGCUAUCAUUAUCUGGUGCUGCUCUUUGCUCCUGAUGAGGAGACAACCAUUGAGCUGCCCUUUAGUGAGGCCGAGCUGCGCGAUAAGUACGAGGGCAAGCUGGAAAAGGAGCUUUCGGGUCCAGUCUACGAAGUGAUGGGCAAGGUAAUGAAGGUGCUGAUUGGACGCAAGAUUACUGGACCUGGCAACUUCAUUGGACAUUCCGGCACAGCUGCCGUAGGCUGUUCGUUCAAGGCGGCUGCUGGCUAUUUGUAUCCGCUGGAACGUGGUUUCAUUUACAUACACAAGCCACCGCUGCACAUUCGCUUCGAGGAGAUUAGCUCAGUGAAUUUCGCACGUAGCGGAGGCUCGACUCGAUCCUUUGAUUUUGAGGUGACGCUCAAGAAUGGCACCGUGCACAUCUUCUCGUCGAUUGAGAAGGAAGAGUACGCCAAGCUGUUCGAUUUCAUCACACAGAAGAAACUACAUGUGAGCAACAUGGGCAAGGAUAAGAGCGGCUACAAAGACGUGGACUUUGGUGAUUCAGACAAUGAGAACGAGCCGGAUGCUUAUCUGGCACGACUGAAGGCGGAGGCACGUGAGAAGGAGGAGGAAGACGAUGAUGGCGAUGAUUCGGAUGAAGAGUCCACCGAUGAGGACUUUAAACCAAACGAAAAUGAAUCCGAUGUGGCCGAGGAGUAUGACAGCAAUGUGCAGAGCGAUUCGGAUGAUGACAGCGAUGCUAGCGGAGGCGGCGGUGGUGGAGGCGGCGAUGAGGACGGUUCGCCCAAGAAGAAGCACAAGGAGAAGAAGCGCGAGAAGGAGAAAAAAGAAAGAAAGGAGAAGGAGCGUACGAAAAAGCCCACAAAGAAGAAGGACUCCAAUAAGCCGAAGCGUGCUACAACUGCUUUCAUGCUGUGGCUCAAUGAUACACGAGAGGAGAUUAAGCGCGAGAAUCCCGGCAUUAAGGUUACAGAAAUUGCCAAGAAGGGCGGCGAGAUGUGGCGCGAGCUGAAAGACAAGAGCAAGUGGGAGGAUGCCGCUGCCAAGGAUAAGCAACGCUAUCAGGACGAGAUGCGCAAUUAUAAGCCAGGCGCCGAUGCUGGCAGCGAUGAUGAGGGCUCAAAGAGCAAAUCGGUUAAGAAACGCAAAACUGAAGCAUCGCCAGCGAAGAAGGCAAAUACAUCGGGCGGUAGUUUCAAGAGCAAGGAAUACAUAUCCGAUGAUGAUUCCACCAGUUCGGAUGAGGCCAAGAACAAGUCUAGUGAGCCGGCGAAAAAGAAGAGCAAAUCUGGUGAAGGAAGUGCCAAGAAGAAGGCAAAGGAAAGUGAAAGCGAAGAGGAAGCUAGCGAUGAGGAGACCAAUGAAAGUAACGAAGAAGAUGAUGAUGAGGAUGAGGGAAGCGAUUAGAUAUCGCAAGCAUUACAUCAAUUCCAUAAGCACACACUCAAACACACCUACACAAAUAGAGAACUAUAAUAGUUGUAAGAUAUCUGUAACUAGAAGAAGAAGAAGAUAUUUAGUAGAUCGCUAGGUCAAUCUACAAUUUGAUUUGUCUUUUCAUUAAACACCAAACACCAUCGUCGA